AUGCCCUGCACUCCUUUGGGUAAAAGUAAGCCGUUGCAGCGUAAAUUAGUUGUACUAGGUGAUGGUGCCUGUGGAAAGACUUCACUUCUUAACGUUUACGAGCCAACAGUAUUUGAAAAUUACGUACACGAUAUAUGGAUUGACAACCAACAAAUUGAAUUAUCACUAUGGGAUACAGCAGGGCAAGAAGAAUUCGAUCGCCUUCGUUCGCUAUCAUAUGCAGACACACAUGUGAUAAUGUUAUGUUUUGCGGUAGACAAUAGAGAUUCCCUAGAUAAUAUAGAGUCAAAAUGGAUGGAGGAAAUACUUGAACAUUGUCAGGGCGUCAAGCUUGUCUUGGUCGCCCUUAAAUGUGAUUUAAGGGAAGAUAUUCAAGUUGUAAGAAACAUGCAACGUUAUGGUGAAAGACCUGUAACAUAUGAAGAGGGUUUGGCAGUAGCUCGAAAUAUCGAAGCAUCUAGAUAUCUAGAAUGUUCAGCAAUGCACAAUCGAGGUGUACGAGAAGCUUUUGAACAAUCCGCCAGAGUAAGCAUUCAUGCAAGGCCCAAAGGUGCACCUGGUGAUUCCAAUAACAUAAGAUGU